GGAAAGGGGAGGGGGUGCGAGGGAGACGGACAGAAUCCGUAGCGAAGGAGCAGACGAGCCCGGCGACCCAGAGCGCGAGCCCGCCCCUGCUUCUCCACACCGGGUGAGGGCUGCUUGCCUGUCGGGAGCGCUCCAAUGCCUGGACCUACCCAAGCGCUGUCCCCAAAUGGCGAGAACAACAACGACAUCAUCCAGGACAACGGCACCAUCAUCCCUUUCAGGAAGCACACGGUGCGAGGGGAGCGUUCCUACAGUUGGGGAAUGGCGGUCAACGUGUAUUCUACCUCUAUAACCCAAGAAACUAUGAGCAGACAUGACAUCAUUGCAUGGGUGAAUGAUAUAGUAGCUUUAAAUUACACAAAAGUCGAACAACUGUGUUCAGGGGCGGCUUAUUGCCAGUUCAUGGAUAUGUUGUUCCCAGGGUGUAUUAGCUUGAAGAAAGUAAAAUUCCAGGCAAAGCUGGAGCAUGAGUACAUUCACAACUUCAAACUUCUGCAAGCAUCAUUUAAAAGAAUGAAUGUGGAUAAGGUUAUUCCAGUGGAGAAAUUGGUAAAGGGGCGCUUCCAAGACAACUUGGAUUUCAUUCAGUGGUUUAAAAAGUUCUUUGAUGCUAACUAUGAUGGGAAAGAAUAUGAUCCUGUGGAGGCCCGACAAGGUCAAGAUGCUAUUCCACCACCUGAUCCUGGUGAACAGAUCUUCAAUUUGCCAAAAAAAUCCCAUCAUGCAAACUCCCCAACAGCAGGUGCUGCCAAAUCCAGUCCAGCUUCAAAACCAGGAUCAACACCGUCUCGUCCAUCAUCAGCAAAAAAGACACCACCUAGCAGCUCAGCCUCCAAAUCUGAUAAAGAUUUGGAGACACAAGUUAUACAGCUCAGUGAACAGGUACAUUCAUUAAAACUUGCACUUGAAGGUGUGGAGAAGGAAAGAGAUUUCUAUUUUGGAAAAUUAAGGGAGAUUGAGCUUCUCUGUCAAGAACAUGGGCAGGAAAAUAAUGACCUUGUCCAGCGGCUAAUGGAAGUUCUCUACGCUUCAGAAGAACAUGAGAGCCACACAGAAGACCAUGAAGGCGAGGAACAGGUUCAUGAACAGCCCCAGCAGCAGGAAGAGUACUGACCACCUGGCACAUUGGAUAAUUUUCAUUUUUUGUGUGGGAACUUUCUUCUGAAGAAUAGAACGUGUGUGGCCUCAGACUUGAAACCAACCACUCUCAGUCUGCCAUUAACAUAAAUGUCCCAUAGUGAGUGUCAGCCAGUUGCUGCAUUCUGUGCCCAUCCUUUGCCAAGAUGUGUUUGCAGGAGUCUUCUGUUGGAGUUUGCACCUGAGAAGGUCUGAAGGCUGUGAUCCCAGUUUCUACCACUGCAACUUCACUAUUUGGCUGCUUGAGAUUUGUUCAGCUUUUUAAAAAAAUAUAUAAAUAUAUAAUAUAUAUUUAUUUUUUCCUUUUGUCUUAAGUAUGAUACGUUUGUAAUUUGUUCAAAACUAUUUAUAUGGGCAUCUCUUAUGGCAAAAAGUAUUGUUCUGUUCGGUUUCCUCACAUAUUGUGGUCUUUUUGGUCUGCCUUGUGCAUACAUUUUGUCAGUGUGAAGGAGGGGAAACAACUGAAAUCACACUCAGAUUAUACCUGUUCCCAUCAUUUAACACCACACAAGAAAGCAACUUUUUCCUAUCUUAAAAACAAACACCUCUCAUCCUCCUGAUGUUUACACCAAAGCAUGUUAGAAAGCUGCACAGUAUAUCUUCAUUUGUGGAAGAUUGAUGCCUGCUCAACUGUUAGAUGGAGAGUUCUUAAACACUUCCCCUGCAGCUAGAAACUUAUUUCUUCCUAUUUCGCUUUCCUAUUUGGUAUCUGUUGGUUCAAGCAAAGUCUUGACCACUGUAUCUCUGCCUGCAGGUGCCACUGGGGCUCAAGCUUCUACAGCUAGAAAUGGGGAUGCUGCAGAACAACCGCUUUCCUUCCCCCUUGCAUUAUGUGGAGGAUGAACACGUUUGUGAUGAUAGACUUGGCUAUGCUGAACCAGUUACAAGCACAAUCACACCUAGUUUUACUUUGAAGUCUUUUAGUCACCUUUGAAAUAAACUGUUAAAUGAGCACCUGUUUUCCACACAGUUGCUUUGUGUCAGUUUUCAGGCAUAUAUUUUGGAGGCGUAUUAUCUGGAACAAGAUAUGAGAAUUAAUUACUGUGUGGUCUGGCUGUGACUACUGGAUGGUUUGAGAGUGCAGAAUGUUGGCUUGCAGAAAUGUUCAUUGCCUUGUGUUUCAAUAUUACCAUUCUUGUUAAUCUUGCACUUGGAUGAUGGCAUUUUAUAAAUAGAAAUAUAGCAAAUCAUGUAUUAAAACAUUCCUUAUUUCUUAAACUUAAGUUGCACAUUUUCUUAGUCUAGUUACAGUUCUCUUUUUUUUUUCUUCCUUUUUAAAAUUCACUUGGUUUCCCUGGUUUGUUAUUUAAUUUCUUAAUCUCAGAUUGGACUGGUUAUUUGACAUGAUAGGUACAACAGCAAAAAAUCCUAGCACAGUAUCACACACUUGAUCUUAGCCAAAAGGCCGAGAGGCAGGGUAUCAUCCUGCAGGCUGCAGUUACUAUAGUUCUAAAUAAAGCCCUGUGUAUGCCGUCGUCUUAAAAAUCAGUGGUGUUGCUGUACUUAAAUGGUGGCUUCCAACAUACAUGCAUAGAUGCGAGGAACUCUUGUUUAAUAUAAGAAUGUGUGUUUACUUCCAGAGAAAUUAUGCAGUAAAGCAUUUACUUACUGUUUAGGCAACAUAUGUGAUGCAUUUGAACAAAUAUUUGCAUUUCCUCAUUUUAAUCCCUUAGCUCGACAAAACUGUAGCUAAUAUGUACAGAAUGAAGGAGUGACACAGCUUGAAACCCUGUGAAAAUCAAUGUGCUCCCUGACUAGCCCUUUACUAUUACUGUUAGCAGAAGUGAUUUGGUUUCACUUGAACAAUUUAUGCAUAAAGCAGUUUUAAGAAAGGAACUUUUUUCAGGAGGAUGUAGAACACUCUCAUAAUACAGCAUAGGAAUCAGUUAUACAUUUUCUGCUUUUAAAAUGUCCAUGAUUAUUAUAUAAUUAGUUUCACUGUCUCCCAAAUGCCCAUUGUGAUCAAAUGGAAUUUUGGGGAAUAUGCUAGAUUUCUGAACCACCUGUUCAGCACCUUCUCACCACCACCAAAGCAGUUGUAACCUUCCUUCUUUUUACUCUUGAGGAAAUUUUCAGAUCACUUCCUUUUGAAGCACUUUCAGAGCUUUUCUUAGAUAGAUCCCACCAAAGCCAUUUUACCUUCCAGUCCUGUAAGUUCGAAUUUGUGUGGGUUAAGGAGGGGAUGUGUAGCUGGUUUUCUUCAGUUCUUUCUGUAUAAUUGAUCUGUGAAGCAAUUUCCCUGCCCUCUUUUUUAUUUGAAGACAGGAAGUGGCUGACCUAGGGGGCAGGAGUAUAAUACUAGCAUAUUACAACAUGAUCUGCUCAGUUGUGCUGAGGGAAGUGAGAGACUCUGGGAAGGGAAAGAGGACCCUCCCUCUGUGGUGAGUAACCCUGUUAUUUCUUUAUGGUUUUAAAUAUGCAUUUGUAAUUACUUUUACUAAAUAG